AUGGGGACCCCGCGGGCGCUGCUGCCCCUCCCCCCCCUCCUGCUGCUGCUGAUGGUACUGGCCGCCCUGGCCUGUGACGUCAUCAGGCGCGGGGACCCCCCCUCAGAUGGGUCCCGGGAGCUCUCGGAGACGGAGAGGGAGUGCGGCCGGCCCCGCCCCCCGCCCGGGCCCCGCCCCCCGCCCGGGCCCCGCCCCCCGGGCAGGCCCCGCCCCCGCGCCGUGGGGGGCUCGGAGGCGGGGGAGGGGCGCUGGCCCUGGCAGGGCUCCCUGCAGAGGGGGGGCAGCCACGUGUGCGGGGCGAGUCUGGUGUCCCACGAGUGGGUGGUGACGGCCGCGCACUGCCUGCAGGGGAACCACGACCCCCGCUCCUUUUCCGUCCUUUUGGGCACCCUGGAGCUGCCGGAGGGGGCGGGGCCAUCCCGCAACGUGGGCGUGGCCUCAUCCUCGAGGGGCGUGUCCAUCCCUCUGGCGGAGCUCCUCCCACACCCCCGGUACGCGGGCGAGGCCACGAGCGGCGACAUCGCCCUGGCGCGGUUGGAGCGGCCGGUGCGGUUCGGGCCCGGUAUCGGCCCGGUUUGCCUUCCGUCCCCGGGGCUCCGGUUCGAUCCGGGCACCGUCUGUGUCAGCACCGGCUGGGGGGACACCGGGAGCGGAGCCCCCCGCCGGCUCCGCCAGCUCUCGGUUCCUCUCCUGCCCCUCGGGCUCUGCCGCCGCCUCUACGGCACCGACCUGGGCCCGGCGCUGCCCCCGCGGCGCAUCCAGGACGACAUGGUGUGUGCCGGACACCUGGGCGGGGGCGGGGACACCUGCAAGGGUGACUCGGGGGGUCCCCUGGCCUGCCCCUCCCCCUCGGGCCAAUGGGUGCUGGCCGGGGUGGUCUCGUGGGGGGAGGGGUGCGGGGUCCCCGCCCGCCCCGGCGUCUACACGCGCGUCAGCGCCUUCGCUGAUUGGAUCGCCGCCCGCGCCGGGGGCGUGGCCUUCGUGCGGCCCCGCCCACUCCGGACCAGCGGAGGGGGCGGGGUUAAAAAUGGGGGCGGGGCCUCGUGGCGCGCGGGAGGGCUGGCGGUUGCCAUGGCGGCCGUGGCGGUGGGGGCGGGGCGGGGCUGA